AUGUCGGGGACACGCGUUUCUGUAGUUUUGGGUGCGGGCAGCUUCGGCACUCCGGAGAGCGGCGCUCGUUUGAACGAUCCUGCGAUUGUGCAGCGGUUCAUUGAUCUGUGCGUCGUUCACGGACAGUGCGGAAUUGAUGCGUCUCGUAUAUACGGCAAUGGGACGUCUGAGAAGCUGCUUGGCACUCUUGACCUACGAGAUUUUAUGCGAAUUGACACCAAGAACUUCCCCUCUAAUCCUGGUGACCACGCCCCCGACGGGCUGAAGCAGGCUCUCCAAGAAUCUCGCGAAGCUCUCGGACCUCACAAUAUCCGAGUGUUCUAUCUGCAUGCGCCAGAUAAGGCAGUCCCUUUCGAGCAAACUCUCGCCGCUGUAGACGAGUUACAUAAAUCUGGUUACUUUGAGGAAUGGGGAGUCUGCAACUUCUCGGUGUCUGAGAUGCAGGAGAUCCUGGUCAUCUGCAAGGAACACGGAUACAUCCAGCCUACCGUGUUUCAAGGCGCCUACAAUCUCAUCGACCGUGCCUUCGAGACCGCUAUCAUCCCCCUGUUGCGCCAGCACCGCAUACGCCUUGCGGCGCACUCUCCCCUCGCAGGCGGAUAUCUCACGGGCAAGAUGCUUCCAAGAAGCCAGCAAUCUUCACCUUCAGAGAUUCUGAGUCACUUCGACCCAUCUUGGGGGCCGUCGUCAUAUUACACGAAACGCUACCUCCCCAUGGCGCCUGCGCUUGCCGAAUUGCAAGCCUUCGUGGCUGAGCGCGGGUUGACGCUGCGUGAGGUUGCGUACCGCUGGCUUCAGUAUCACAGCGCAAUGGCACCGGAGGACCACGGAUUGGUCGUCGGCGCGAGUAGCCUUGAACAGCUCGAGAGUACAAUUCUAGACUGCAAGAAAGGCCCGCUGCCUGACACUGUCGUGCGGGCGUGCAACGAGACCUGGGAGAAAGUCAAGGAAUUCUCCAAGGAUUCAUGGGAGCCUUGA